CAUCUUGUUUCACGGAAUCUUGUUGGUCAAUGUAAGCAUCCAUUAAUCGCUUUGAUUUCCAUAAUUUGCUUUCCUCUUUAGAAAAUGUCAUCUUCGAGAAUGAUCGUAUAUCAGAUGGAUGCGAACGUUUGAUGUGUGUGGACCUAGGUAUAUUUGGAAGUGGACCGGAUAGGGUUUCGAUAAGGAUUUCAUUCGGGGGAUCAACAAUCUCAGCACAGAAUACCUGGUUGAAUGUCUCAGAAUUGGCGAAGGAUACAAACGACCAGGGAGACAUUCUACGUGUGACCACAUCCGGAGGUCUCUUCAUACCAUACGAUACCCGCGCUACAUGACCUACCUAUACUUUAAGCUCACUUCAUAAUACCAUCGAAUUGUUGUAUUUUUACUUAUAUCUUCUCAGUCUUCUCCGCCUUUUCUCUUUCCUCUUUUCCGACAUCUCUCGACCCCUUCUGCCACGCUUUUGAGCCAUAUCCCACUUUGCCAGCCCCCCCUCUCAGACUGCUCUCAUGCCGAGUACCACACAGCUUCGAUGAAUUUGACAUCUCCAUGCCAUAACAGACGUUCAAAUAUCCACAAUGGCAGCGGUUGAGGCUUUGUCGUACGGAAGCGAUUGUCCGGGGAGCGAUUGUGGAUCGACUACUACGUUUCCUUGGGCGAUUGGGUGGGAUGAGGGGGAUAUUCGCAUAAGGUUAGGAUUUAUCGCCAGAGCUUGGGAGGCAUCGCGAAUACAUAAGGAUGUGUAUCAUUCAGGAUUGGUAUGCAUACAACAACUUUUUAGUGAUUUUAAUCCUAUCUCUACUACUAGCUUGAGCUGGCGCAAAACACAUUGUACUUCUGAUUUGAUGGUUUGAGGAUUCAAACCAAUGGUCGCGAGUACUUGGGACGAGAUUGGGAAUAAUCUGAGAGCAUAUUGGAAUUCGAUCAGUCAUUCCCGGUCAUUUGCCAAACGCUGUAUAUGCAGUAGCGGCUUCAUUUUUUGCACGAGGUGAUUUAGGCUCUGUAACAUAGAUAUCUAACAUUGCUUGCAGAACAGAUCCUCCCAUUCGAGAGACGUGCGGUCUCGCAGACGUAUACAAGAAAGGUUGAAAACGGCAGAUUUAUUACCAACAUGGCAAUUCUACAUGUCUGCACAAAACGACAAAGACAGUAUAACCGACCUACACGAAACCGAUUCACUCGCCAAAAUCCGAGCACAAGACUAUCCCAACCACCCAUCCACCCCCAGAAUACCGCGGGAGAGAAAACGUGGACCUUCACAAUUUGGCGAUCCCACGCUAAGUCCUUCUGUCAAUUUUAGUUCUCAAGAUGGAUUCAAGGUUGCUGCAAAGAAAAAGCAUAAAGUUAAAAAUAAUGCGCCUGUAUCCAGACCAAAGGAAGAUGAUGGAGAUGAUGAAAUGAAGAAGAACGAGGAUGACAGUAAUAAUGGUGACAAUGGGCAUGGCGCAGGCGGUGAUUCUGGGGCUAAUGGAGGGGGUGACCAAAAGGAGGAUGACAAAAGGGAAGACGAGAAGAAAGAGGAAGAGACCAAGGAAGAAGAGAAAUACGUCGAGCCACCCGUUGAAGACUUACCGGACAGCUUCACUGUAACGACCAAGAAAGACAGAAAGAAGAGGAAGGGAAAAUCUGCCGAGGCGGAACCAGAAGCAGAACCAGAGCCAGAGCCAGUACCACCUCCGCCGCCCCCAGCCCCCGUGAUAAAAGUCGCCGAGUCAUUUGAUGACAUCAAAUUGGAUGAUAAACCUAAGCUCAAUCUCAAUCCGGAUACAGGCGGCAGUACUGCAAGCCCAAAAUUACCUGGUGUUCUCGGUGGAUGGGGUAGUAGCUGGAUUACUGGAGUAUCGAAAUGGGGAAUUGGGAGCGCAACCAGCGCGAGAACUCCAUCUCCAGUAAAUAAAUCCACGGAAGAGACUAAAAACCCUUUGAGUAAUGAUCGUGGUAAGCCCGAACAUCAAAACCUAGGAUUUACAUUUGGCGCCCUUGAACAGGAUGAAACUAAACGCAGCUUAGCAAAUUCCCGGAAAAUGGAAACAAAGCCUGACCCGAAACCGGAAUCGAUACCAGAAGAAGACAUUGGACUUGGCAUUGGUGUUCCCAAAAAGGAAAAGAAAAGAAAGAAAGGCACGGUAGCAUCGGCGAUAGACAUGUUUGAAGUGGCGCCGAAAGAAGAACCAAAAGUUGAACCUCCGAAACCCAUUGAUAUUCCUGCCCUGGACGACGCUUGGGGUGCUUGGGGAGCUACAAGCAAAAAGAUGAAAGGUAAAGCAGUCAAUGAAACCCCUAAAGUCAAUGAAACCCUUAAAGUCAAUGAAACUCCAAAAGUGGAAGCCGUAGUCGAGCCGGUUGUUGAAAAGAAACCACCCACCCCUCCUCCUGAGCCUGCUCCUGAGCCUGCCCCCGUGGAAGAUAUCUGGAACAUCGGAUCAACCUCCAAGAAAAACAAGAAGAAAAAGGAAAAGCUUGCUGAACAAUUAAAACCAGAAGAUUCACCUCCACCGGAUCCCGAAGCCGAACCCCAAAAUGAGCCUGAUUUCGAUCCUAUUCCCGAACCGAAAAAGGAGGAGGAACCCAUUUCCGCUUGGGGUAAUGCUAAACCGGGUAAGAAAAAGAAAGGCAAAAGUGCCAUUAUGGACGAACCGCCAAAAGUAGAAGAACCACCACCAGUCGUGGAACCACCUGAACCCGAGCCUGUCGUUGAAGAAGAGGCUGAAGAAGAUUUCGGUUGGGGUUGGGGACUGUCUAAGAAAGAAAAGAAGAAGAAGAAAGGAGCUGUAGAAGAGCCAGCACCUCCCCCAGAGCCAGAGGAAGAGCCCGAACCAGUAGUUGAACCCGAAAAAGAUCCCGAGCCCGAACCUGAGCCACCACAAUCGGAACCAAUUGCAAAUACUAAAUCUUCCAAAAAGGAAAAGAAAAGGAAAGGUAAGAACAUUGUUAUAGAACCCGAAGUUGUGAGGCCACCAACACCGCCACCACCUGAACCAGAAGCGGGACCCCAUUUUGAACCGGAACCUGAGGAAGAUACCAAUGUAUGGGACUCGUGGGGACUCAGUAGUUCCACAAAAGACAGGAAAAAGCAAUCCAAGGAUGUGAUUAUACCAACUGCUCCAGCGAUCGGUGGUUUUGAUUGGGGAUUUGAUGACAAAGUGAAAGAUGAGCCAGCUGAGGAAGAUUUCAAGGAUCUAGAACCGGAACCAGUCUCAAAAUCCGUGGAAUCUGUGGGUAUCUGGGGUGCUCUUACCUCUACCAAAAAGAAGGACAAAACCUCGAGCAAAGAUAAAGAUAAAACCUCUAUCAAGGACAAAGAGAGGAGAAAAGGUAAACGGAGUGCCGAGGAGCCCAGAGUAAUUGAGGGCUUUGAUGAACCCGUCCCUGCACCGGCUCCUGACCCACCUCCAGCUGUUGCGGACGAUUUUGACUGGGGUUUUACUGCUACUCCAAUGAGAGACAAGAAGAAGGGGAGCAGAAACAGGGAAUUCACUCAUGAACCUGAAAAUAAACCGAUCAUGGAAGCGAUUGAGCCCGCAGAUAGUAACAACGGCUGGUUGAACUGGGGACAGAACACGAAAAAGAACAAAGAGGAGCCUUUACUUCCUGUUGAUGACUAUGAAGAGCCCAUGUCACCUCCGCCGGUCCCGGAUGCUCCCCCCGCCGUUGACGAUUUCAUGGGAUGGGGUACGUCGUCGAAAGAAAAGAAGAAGAAAAAGAGCCUUAUCGAAGAACCUCCAAAGCCUGAGCCUGUCAAGGAGCCCAAAUUUGAUGACUUUUUUAGUCCGACCUCUUCCAAGCCACUUGUUAAGCUUAGCAAGAAAGAACAAAAAGAAGCCGAUAGGGCUAGAAGGAAGGCAGAAAAAGAGGAAGCUGAAAGGAAAUUGGCAGAGGAGGCAGAGGAACAGGAAAGACUUGAAACCGAAGAACGGGAAAGGUUUGAAGCAGAGGAACGGGAAAGGUUUGAAGCAGAGGAACGGGAAAGGUUUGAAGCAGAGGAACGGGAAAGGUUUGAAGCAGAGGAACGGGAAGGGCUUGAAGCAGAGGAACGGGAAAGGUUUGAAGCAGAGGAACGGGAAAGGCUUGAAGCUGAAGAACGAGAAAGGCUUGAAGCUGAAGAACGAGAAAGGCUUGAAGCUGAAGAACGAGAAAGAGUUGAAGCCGAGGAAAGGGCAAGAAUUGAAGCCGAAGAGAAAGCUAAGGCUGAAGCUGAAGCCGAAUCGGAAUCGGAAUCCGAGCCAGAGCCUCCCAGGAACGAUUGGAGCUCAAUAUGGGGUCUAGCCUCGGGCAGCAAACAAAAGAAGAAGAGCGAAAAGAAGAGCAAGAAAAAGACUACACUCGAAAUUGAAGCUGCACCUCCAGCUCCAACUCCGCCAGUGGAGACGCCGGUGGAGCCGCCAGCAGAGCAUGAGACAGAUAAUUUGUGGGGUUUUGGAUCCACAUCGAAGAAAUCAAAACCUAAGGAGAAAGAAGCUCCUCCUGUCAAACUCAGCAAAAAAGAACAAAGAGACGCUGAUAAGGCAGCCGAAAGAGCUAGGAAGAAGGCUGAAAAAGAAGAGGCCGAAGCGAAAGCUGCAGAAGAGGCGGCUAGAUUGGAGGCCGAAGAACAGGCCAGGCUCGAAGCUGAGGAGCAAGAACGAAUUGAGGCCGAGGAACAAGCAAGAGCCGAGGCUGCGGCUUUGGAGGCCGAAGAGCAAGCUAGAACCGAAGCUGAAGCUGCUGAGGCAGAAGCCAAAAGAUUAGCCGAAGAUGCUGAAGAUGCUGAAGCAGCUAAACCCAAAAUGAAGUUGACAAAGAGACAACAAAAAGAAGCCGAUCGGUUAGCUAGGAAGAAAGCCGAGGAGGAAGCCGCCGCAAAGGAGGCAGAAGAACGAGCUCUUAGGGAGGCGGAGGAGGAGGAAGCGGCAAGAGAGGAAGAGGAACGUCUAAGAGAAGAAGAGGAGGAACGUGAAAGAGAGGAAGAGGAGCGUGCUAGAAUGGAAGAAGAGCGUGCUAAUAGAGAGGCAGAGGAAAAAGCUGCCAGAGAACAGGCUGAAGCUGCUAAAAGGGCCAGAAAGGAAUCUAAGUUAAGUAAGGGUAAGAAGUCUAGACACAGCAAGGAACCAGAGCCUAUCCCUCCACCACCACCACCAAUACCGACCAAAGCUCCCACUCCAGAACCAGAUGAAGACCCAGAACCAACCCAGGAAGAAGUGGACGAAAUACUUGCUUUAGGAAAUCGUGCAAAGCCAGCGUCGCAAGCAUUUAGUUUUUGGGGAGCUCCAAAAAAAUCACCAGUAAUAGAGAAGCCGUCGCCAAGCAAGGAUAUUGAAUUUGGUAAGACUAAUCUUACUGAGGCAUCCACCAAGGAUCUCAUGGCUUGGGGCACGGGACCAGAUGAGAUUGCGAUUGCUGACAAAGCGACGCGUCCAGGAACCUCUUCUAAGAACAAGGACACGACAUCUAAAUGGCCACCACCCUCAAUACAAUCAAGCCUAUUAAAGAAACCACUUGGAGGAACAGUAGCUGAUAGGUUAAGAGCAUUUGAAGCAAAUAAAUCCCCUGAAGAGCUCGAUGAGUGUAAUGAGCCCGACGAGCCUGAGGAAGUAGAGGGAUAUUUUCCCGCGCCUUCUCCUUCCCCAUCUCCUCCCCCGCCUCCACCUCCACCUCCACUUGUCGUGCAGCCUGUGCCGACUAAGGAAGAAAGGAGAAAAUCAAAAUCAUCCAGGAGAGAUAAGGAAAGGUUUGAAGAUCCAGAAGUAUUUCCUGGUGCAGUCCCGGGAACUGCUUACGACGACGCAAUUGUUGAUAUUGUUGAGAUGCCAAUUCAAAAGAAGAAUAAGAAUAAGUCUAGUAAGGUCAAGGAAUCUUCUAGAGCACCACCUAUACCAGUUGAACCACCCACACCACCUCCUGAGAUAGAACACGACCUGGAACCUGACUCAGAUCAUAAAUCCUCCAAGAAGGAACGACCUCGAGUUGUUCGUGAUGGAUCGUCUUGGGGAGCCUGGGGAGCAGAGCCUCGUAAGGAAGAAAGAGAAAAAAGAUCAUCCAGAGACCGUGAACCUAGAUUUGAGGAGCCCCCGAUCAUGAAAGACGAGAGGAGAUCCGCGAGGGAAUCCGAGCAUAGGCAUUCUAAAUCCAGAAGAUCAUCUACUAGAGAGGAGAAAACUUCUGAAUCAAAGGACUCAUCUUCAGAUAAAGCAGACAAGUCAUCAAAAGCGGACAACAGACCACCGGUUUCUAGAGGAAUAUCAAAUAUGUUUGGGCCUCCAACACCACUAUCAAGGUCUAAUUCAAAGUCUGAAAAACGACCCAGUGUAAGUAGAACAAGCUCACGCCGGCAAUCCGUCAACAUUGACAGUUCUGGUUACCCAAUUCCACUUCCUGAUGAUUCUCGUGAUCCUCCUCCAAUGCCCGCAAAAGCUGCGAAAAUGUUUGGUAUUGGUGUUCCUGGCAAGCUUUCAAGAAGCAAGUCCGAAAAGGCCAGGCCAUCACGUGGUACGUAACUCCAUACAGUUAUCAUAAUUCUUACUUAUGCUAACACCAAUCAUGAAGAUGAUGACGUGGUUGAUGGUGACGUGGCAGAUCCUAUCCGUCAUAGGUCUAGUCGUGAUAGAAAAGGAAAGCCACAGGUAACUAAUGACUCGGUGUUUGGUGGGCAAGCGGCACCACCUGUCCCUAUGCCUCCGCCCGCCAUGGAUAUACCAAUUCGAAGGAAGACUACGCCUACUACAGACUGGGGUGCUAAUGCUAGGACAUAUCAACAAAGACGCCGAGAGGAUGAUAUUGUUAUGGUAGACCCAGGCCCAUCGGAAAACCUAGGAGCAUCUGGAUCUAAACGGACCGAUCCAAGCGCUCGCAAAUCUGGUUUAGGUGGCAUGUUUGGAGGCGUUUUUGGGAAAAAAGAUAAAGAAAAGGACCGCCCGGACCUGAAACGUCGCAGUACUGCCCCCGCUGAAGAUGCGAGUCGUGCAUAUAGACGGGAUGAUCGAAAGACUAGAAGAUCUUCUAGAGAUGUAGGCCCCGAAAUUGAUGUCACCAUGACAGGUGCCGUUUCCGAAGAAGACCAAGAGGCAAGGAGAGCAGCUCGACGUGCACGAAGGGCUGAACGUGAACGUGAAGCUGGCCAACGAGGUGGGGAAGAUGCACGAGCGACCAAGGAGGAGGCAAGAAGGGAUCGUCAACGUAGGGAAGAAGAAGACGAGCGUGAAGCACGGAGAGCAGCGAAGCGAGAGAAGAGGCGUGCUGCAGAGGCUGCUGAGCGCCGAGUCGAAGAAGAAAGGGAAGCAAAAGAGGUCGAACGUGCUGAACGCCGAAGAGCCAGAAAAGAAAGAGAAGCUGCACAAACAGAUGGCGAGCCACGUGGAGAAGAUCCAUCGCGUUCUAAACGCAGACGCAGUCACAAAGAUGGCGAUGAUGACGAAGUUCGUCGACGAAGACGUGAAGAUCGGGUAAAGUCAUCAGAUCCUCGGAAAUCAAGUCGCAAAACUACACCAGCCCCAGAGCCGGAAUUUCUUCCAGCCGAUGGUCCCGUCUACAGCCGUUCAAAACCUAAAGCUCCAGCUUGGCCUCAUAACGGUACAGACUCCUGGGUGAGACAGAACUCGGAUGCACCACCUCCACCAAAUUUCCUACAAAGAGGCAUCUCCUGUUGAUGACACCGUCGGCGGAGAAGCUGAGAGAAAAAGGAUGAGGAAAACAAGGCCAGAGGGGAAUGACGAUGAUAAACGACGAAGAAGAGAGGAAAGAAAACGGGAAAAGGAGAUAGAGAAACCUACGAGAAGCUCAGAAGGCAGUCAAGAGGAUGCUUUAAGAGAACACCAAAGAGACUUGGGUUUCGAGACGGCUAGAGCGCCAAGUGCUUCUGGUGGUCUCUUCGGUCGUUGGAAGAAAUAUGGUGGGUUUUAAUGAAAUGAGAUGAUUUUUAUAACGAAAUGGAAAACGAAGAUAUGACCUACGAUAUUAUUCUGGUCAUGGGAUUGGGUAGUACGAGCGUAUGUAUUUUUGAUUUUGUUCUCAUGUUUUGAUUUUUGUCAUUAUAGCGAGCGAAGAAGCUUUGGAAAGAUUUGAUUGCCAGGAGAAUCUAUCCGGUGUUAUCGUUGGAGAAAAGGUCUCAUCGUUCUCUUCUAUUGUAUACCCUUACUAUGUUUUUUUAAUGUUAUAUACCGCACGGAGCAAAGUACUGUACACGUUAAGCUCGAAGAAUUACCAAUCUACUUUUAGAUGCCCUAUUCAUUCAAGAGGCACUUCGCCUCUCCAAGUUCUUCAUCCAAUACUCGGAAUGUAAUCGCAACACUCAA